CAAAUAUGGGAUGUGAGCAAACUCAUCCACCCAAAUUUCUGUGAUCUAUGCGCAGUUUCAUCUCUCUCCAGGGUUUAACCACUGCGAUCUACGCCGCCGCCCGUGAGCACCGAAUAUGGACCUUUGCAUAGCCUUCAACCACUAACGAAGCUUGGUUUACCCGGUGAGGCUUCAGCAUCGACUGUCGGAAACAGAGUCGUUUCGGUAGGGUAUGUACUCUAUAAUAUUUCUACACAUAUAUGUUUCAAGCUUUUAUUUCUUGGUUACACACUCAUGGACCCGUGGUGCAAAAUCAGUACUUGCCACUCAUUCAAUUGACAAUAAUGCAAGAUUGGCUUUGCUCAAACCCGCUGAGUUGCCUGAAAAGAUCUGGCCUGCGAAUAGUCAAUGACUGACAACACUAAAAGUGAUGGCCGGGUUGAUGUUUAUGAUGAUAAGCCCAUUGAAGAGGAUGAUGGUGGCCUAUCUAAAGAAAUCAUAAAAGAUGAAAUAUCAAACACGGCCAUCCAACGCAAGCAUGCGGCAAUGAUACAACGCCUCUCAAACCUCCAUCAGUCACGGUUGGCAUCGUGCAAGCCUAAUUCGAACCCAAACACCUCUCCAGACUCCACACAGUCAUUCCUCUCUCAUUUUUCCGGAUCUAAAAGAUCCAUCGAAUCAGAACUGUCCCAGGUCUGCAAAGCCCAAGACCCAACAAAUCUAAGAUCAGAACUAGAAAGGGUUUCAACUUCAAUUGCCAGUCUUGAAAAGCAAGUCGCCGAGCGCUUAUACUUCUUGCCCUCAUAUGAAGUCCGGUCAUGCCUCAAAACCGUGUCCGAGCUCAAGCAAGCCUUGGAGCAGGCAAACUCUACUAUCAUCCCAAAGAAAAAGUUCUCAUUUCGAAACAAAACCGCAAAGAAGGACUCGAUUCCUGAGUGCCCAUCUAAAAACAACGACAUUGAGAACAACACCAUGGCUCAAAAUCCAGGUAGUCUUUUUCAGGGUUUGGACUUGCCUGGGAAAAUGAGGUCAUGUCAAUGGAUUUUAGCAAAGCUGGGGAAGAUAAAACCGGAGGAGAGUUUAUGCUCUCAGAUUUAAGAGGUUGCGAAGUUCGAUUGCUGGGGGGUGUGAGGGCAUUGUUUGUGCAUAAGCUGAAAAACUGCAAGGUCUACGUGGGGCCCGUGACCGGGUCUGUUUUGAUCGAGGAAGCGAAAGGCUGUGUCUUUUUGUUGGCAUCUCAUCAGAUAAGGAUUCACCAUGCAACGGAGUGCGAUUUUGACCUCUGGGUACGAAGUAGGCCUAUAAUUGAGGACAGUACUGGGGUGAGGUUUGCCCCAUACCGUUUGGGGUAUGCCGGGAUUGAGAGGGAUCUUGAGAGGGCAAAUCUUUGCGAAGAGUCCGGGUAUUGGGCGAACGUGGAUGAUUUUCGGUGGUUGAGGGCAGUGCAGUCACCCAAUUGGUCCGUUUUGCCCGAAGAUGACCGAAUCGGAGUCGUGGAUAUUUCAGAACCGGAGUAGCGAGGUAAAUUCUAUAAAUGGUCCUUAAUAACAAGUGGCUUUUCAUUUUCAUUAUUUAAUUUCAAGAUAUUACAUUCGUGGUCCUCAAUUUUUAAAAUAUGUUUCAUAACCAGUCCUUUCUUUAUGGACUAUACCUGGAAAAUAAUAUUUUGAUUGGGCCAACAAAGGACAAUGAGCUGG